AUGGUUAGGGGGAAGACUCAGAUGAAGCGCAUAGAGAAUGCAGCGAGCAGACAAGUGACCUUCUCCAAGAGAAGGAAUGGGCUGCUGAAGAAAGCCUUUGAGCUCUCAGUUCUAUGUGAUGCUGAAGUUGCACUUAUUAUUUUUUCCACAAGAGGGAAGCUCUAUGAGUUUUCGAGCUCAAGUAUCGGCAACACACUAGACCGUUAUCAAAAGAGAGUGAAGGAUCAAGGCCUUGGCAGUAAAGCAGUUCAAGUUGAUAUGGAGCAUGGGAAGGAUGACACUUCUAGCAUGGCGAAGAAGAUUGAUUUUAUUGAAGCUUCUAAACAGAAGCUCUUAGGUAAUUGUUUGGAAUCAUGUUCGAUAGAGGAACUGCAGCAGACAGAGAACCAAUUGGAGCGAAGCUUAAGCAAAAUUAGGGCUAGAAAGACUCAGUUAUUGAGGGAGCAGAUAGAGAACCUGAAGGAAGAGGAGAAAAACCUAUUUGAACAAAAUGCUAAGCUACGGGAAAAGUGUGGCAUGCAACCCCUUGGUCCUCCAAGCGCAAGAAAAGAUGAAGAGAAUUGUGCAGUACGCCAGCCCCGGACACCAGAUAUGGAGGAUGUGGAGACUGACUUGGUGAUUGGGCCACCUGAAAGACGAAGAAGUAGCCAAAACCCAUAG